AUGCAUUAUAGGGAUUAUGAAGUUAAUAAUAUUGGAAAUGUUCGAAGCAAUAAUUCUUCAGAAAAUUAUCUAGAUUGCUUUUAUCCUCAAGAACAAAGAAAAACAAUAAAGGAAUUAGGCAUUAGUAGUAAAAACUUAGAAAGCAACUUAGAUUUAAAUGAUUUCAUCAAUUUAGAAGAAUUAAAUUGCUCUCAAAAUAAAUUAACUGCUUUAAAGAUAAAUAAUUGCCUGCAAUUGAGAAAACUUGAUUGUAACAAUAAUUGCUUACAAGAUUUGGUUCUUCCCUUCGAAAGCGAAAAAUUGACAGAGUUGGAUGUUAGAAACAAUAACUUCUCUGAAAGGGAUUUAUCUAUGUUUAGCCAUUUAGUUAAUUUAAAAUAUUUAGGAGUUGGUAAUAGGAGUAGUGAAUUCAAGAAACAAUACCAAGAAGUGGAAACAGCCGAAAAAGAAGCCCUUUGCCAAAAAACUUCUCGGCUUUGGCAGCAGUAUAAGUUGCAAACUAAAAAAAUAAAGUUUGAAGAAAUAGAAAGAAUUCAAAAAGAAUUGUUUAAUGAAUUCUACAAGCAUUAUAAAUUCAAAAAAAAACAGAGUCGUAAAAAAAGAGACAGGGAAGUAAAGGAAGCAUUUGACAAAUUGCUGAAUGACAACCUCUCUUGCCAAAUCCACCCUCAAGCUGUUUAUACCAGUAGAUGCUUAAGCGAAUUUACCGAUAAUUUACCCAAACUUCGAAUUCUUGAACAAUUAACAGUGAAUAUUAAUGCUUCAGCAGAACUUUCUCAAUCUAUGCAAUUUGAUAUCCUGCAAAGCAACACUAAACAACAACUUCUUCCUGUCUUCCCAACUAUAACUAACCAAAGAGAAAUUAAACGGCAAAAGACUCUUGAAGAACCACUUUACCAAACUGAACAAAAUCAACAACAAUUCCAAGCCCAAAUUCAAAUUCCUCCUAAAAAUAAUUAA